UCUAUUGAAGUUUAUUGAAUCUUCGUAUUUUUACUAGUAUAAUUUUCGAAGAAAUUCUUCCAGUAAUUUAAGAAAAACUAGUUUGAAACAUUUCAUCGUCAUCGAUUGAAACAUCUUCGUGUGCAACGUACUUAAUCAUCGAUCAAAUGAGAUAAACAAGUUGAUGGUGUGAAGCUACCUUAAAACAUAUUACCUCCACCUUCUUCUCUUUAGUUUCUUAUAUUACUUUCACUGGAGGACUAUCCUCUCAGUCAGUUAACUGUCUAUUCGCUAAGAUAAGAAAUAUUCUCAUAAGUUUUUUUCAUGCUAUCGAUUUAAAAAAAGAUGAAGAGUUUGAUCGUAAGUAUCGUCUUCGUUUUAUCGACUUCCUGUCUCGGAGAGAUCUCACACAUUUUAUCAGAAUAUUCGACAACUACCAGCACAUUAUUACCACCUCCACAACCAUACAGUUUUCAAUACAAAGCUGGGCGAUAUCCAGGACACGUUGAUCGAAUUCAUCAAGAAUCCGGAGAUGGUUUUGGAACUAUUUAUGGAUCUUAUUCGUUCAUCGAUCCUAAAUACAAAGUACGAAGAGUGGAAUAUGUAGCUGAUAAAAAUGGAUUUCAUCCGUCGUUAAUAAAUUACGACGAUACGCUUAAACAGCCUGUUGAUUCUGAAGCUGUGAAACUCGCGAAAGAAAAACAUUUGCAACUUUAUAAAAAACUAGCUGAAGCUAAUGCACAGGAUAUACAAAUAAAUAUACCAAAGGAUUCUGUUAGUGUAUUAAAAGCGAAGGACGAACAUUUACAACUCUACCAGAAGAUUGCCGAAGAACACGUGGCUAUCGCAUCUCAAAGAAAAGCAGAACGUGCAGCGUAUGAAGCAACUUCGAUCGUUAAUGACGUUAAUGAACAUCAAACAUAUUAAAAAAAUACUAAUAAGAAAGAAAGAUUGUUCAUAUAAUAUCAAUAAUAUAAAUUUAAUUGUAUAAAAUCUUUCGGAAUUUAAAAGCAAAAAUUUUUACGCAAUUUAAAUUUGAUAAAAAACGAAUAAUAGAUUAUAAUUGAUAUAUAAAACACGUGUUAUUAAUUAUAAAAAACACGUGAAUCACAUACAUAUGAGUACCAUUUUUGUACGAGUAUCGGAAGUUUCUAUAUAUAUUAAAAAAAAAAGAUAAAUGCUAUAAUUACACUGUGUUGGUAUAAAAGUCUAGGCGUGACAAAAAAUAAAAUUGUCACUAUUCGUAUCUCCGAAAAGAUGAAGUUCUACGGUUUUUGGUUACUUCUUAUUCUUGUAUUCUGUAUUACGAUUACUGUGGGUAGGAACAUCGAUUAUACCAAAAAUGCUUUUUUAAAAUCUAAAAGCAUCGCUUGUCGAGGAAGAGGUUGGACAGGAGGAAAUAAUGGAGGAGGGGAAGAAGGUACUGGAACAAACGGAGGUGCUACUGAUGGUGCAACAGGAGCUAUGCCUAACAUGGCAUCUACUUUAAUGCGCACUGCACAACAAGCAAUGGAUACCAUGAUGGAUACGAUGUCAAAUAUGAAUUCAAUGGGGUAAAUCGUAUAUUUGUUUAAAAUUAUUGCACCAUGUAUUAGACAAUCAAACUUGCAAACAUAGUGAUAUUAUAGAUACUUUAUAAUCAUUAUGUUCAUGAUCAAAAAUGCUUCUUGUAGUUGUUAAAAAUAUUACUAUUAAAUAAUAAAAUAAUAAUUAAUGAAUACUA